GCCUUCUUCCUCCGCCCUCCCUCUUCUGCUUGCGUCCACCAAGGCACCAACUCGCUCUCCGGCCAGCCACCCUCCUCUCUCCCUCGCUGUCGGUGGGCCCCCUGGCCCCCUUCCCUCCCCGCAUUUAUUACUCGGCGUCCGUUCCCCUCUCUCCUCACCUCCCCCUCGACCCUCGUGAUCUCGCCCUCUCUCUCCGCACGAGGCUCGUGCGGUGGGAGCGAGUGCUAUAUGGCGAGCGGGGUGAGGAAUGGGGGCGCCGGGGUGGGGCCCAGGAUGAGCGCGAAGCUAGACCGGCAGAGCUCCAGCGCGACGCCCAAGGCGGCGGCGGCGGGGAAGCCGCGCCUCUCCUCGGCCGCCGGCGCGGGCGCGUACCGGCGGACGAGCUCCGGGCCGCUCCCCGCGGCGGGCGGGCGCGCGUCGUCGGAAUCCGGAGUUUCUAGUAGAGUAAGAGUUGCUGUUAGGCUUAGGCCCAGGAAUGCAGAAGAGUUGGCAGCAGAUGCGGAUUUUGGUGAUUGUGUUGAACUUCAGCCUGAGCUCAAAAGGUUAAAGCUUCGUAAAAACAAUUGGGAGUCAGAAACCUAUGAAUUCGAUGAAGUGCUCACAGAGUUUUCUUCACAAAAGCGAGUGUAUGAAGUUGUUGCGAAACCAGUUGUGGAGAGUGUUUUGGAGGGAUAUAAUGGCACAGUUAUGGCAUAUGGGCAGACUGGUACCGGGAAGACUUUUACACUGGGAAGACUUGGUGAUGAAGAUACUGCUGCACGUGGGAUCAUGGUUCGUGCAAUGGAGGAUAUUCUAGCAGAUAUAACAUUUGAGACUGAUUAUGUUUCAGUAUCAUAUCUACAGCUGUACAUGGAAAUGAUUCAAGACCUCCUUGAUCCUGUAAAUGACAAUAUAGCCAUUGUAGAAGACCCAAGGACUGGAGAUGUUUCACUGCCUGGAGCCACAGUAGUUGAAGUUAGAGACCAAAAGAGCUUUGUGGACCUUCUAAGGGUUGGUGAGGCCCAUCGCAUUGCUGCAAACACAAAGUUAAACACAGAGUCAUCUCGCAGUCACGCCAUCCUCAUGGUAAAUGUCAGAAGGGCUGUAAAGGGUAGGAAUGAAAUGGAAGUAAGCAUUUCUGGUGAAAAUGGGCAUUCGUCUUCCAUGAUGGGGUCUUUCCGACCACCUAUUGUGAGGAAAAGUAAGCUUGUAGUUGUAGACUUGGCUGGAUCAGAGCGAAUAGACAAGUCAGGAAGUGAGGGCCAUACAUUAGAAGAGGCAAAGUCUAUCAACUUGUCCUUAAGUGCACUGGGGAAAUGCAUCAAUGCACUUGCUGAAAACAGUCCUCAUGUACCUGUUCGUGAUUCGAAGCUUACGAGAUUGCUUAAAGAUUCAUUUGGUGGCACUGCAAGAACAUCGUUGGUUGUGACUAUUGGUCCAUCUCCAAGACAUCGAGGGGAAACUACAAGUACAAUAAUGUUUGGACAAAGAGCAAUGAAAGUUGAGAACAUGGUGAAAUUGAAGGAGGAGUUUGAUUACAAAAGCUUAUGUAGGAGACUUGAUAUUGAAUUGGAUAAGUUGAUUGCAGAGAAUGAAAGACAACGGAAAUAUUUUGAUGAUGAAGUUGAGAGAAUAAGAGCUGAAGCUCAAUGUCGCAUUGCUGAGGCUGACAGAGAGUGCAAAAUCGCUUUAGAGAAUGAGAAAAUGAAGUACCACCAGGAAUACUUGGACUCAAUAAAAAUACUGGAGGAGAAGUGGAAAGUACAUCAACAAUCACCCAAGAAACAGAUUAAAGAGGCCGAGUCUACAUCAAAUGACUUACUACAGAAUGAGAAAAUGCUACGUCAAUCUGCCGAAGAUGAGGCCAAUGACCUUAAGAAUCAAGUAUCACACUGGAAAAAGAUGGAGGCUACAGCUACAGCUGAAGCAGUAAAACUCCGGAAAAUGUUGGAUACUGAAAGUAGCCAGAAAGGGAAACUUGAAGAAGAGAUAGGUGUUUUGAGAAGUCAGUUAUUGCAGAUGAGUCUGGAAGCUGACGAGACAAGGAGGAGUCUUGAUAGAGGAGAUGGGCCAGGGAAAAUCUUUCCUGGUUUAGAUUCUUUGGUGUCUCAGACUCGAGGUUCACAACCAAGAGAGCAGAGCAAUGGAUCUAAGCAACCAAUUGCUAAACUCUUUGAACAAGUUGGGUUACAGAAGAUAUUGUCGUUGCUUGAAUCUGAAGAACCCGAUGUUCGAGUUCAUGCAGUGAAAGUUGUUGCAAAUCUGGCAGCUGAAGAGGCGAAUCAGGAAAAGAUUGUUGAAGCAGGUGGCCUUACAUCCCUCCUUAUGCUGCUUAGGAGCUCUGAGGACGAGACUAUUCGCAGAGUAGCAGCAGGAGCAAUCGCUAAUCUUGCAAUGAAUGAAACAAAUCAAGAUCUUAUCAUGGCUCAGGGAGGUGUAACCUUGUUGUCAAUGACAGCAUCUGAUGCAGAGGACCCGCAAACUCUAAGAAUGGUGGCUGGAGCUAUUGCUAACCUUUGUGGCAAUGACAAACUGCAAACACGGUUGAGAGGGGAAGGUGGAAUUAAAGCAUUGCUUGGAAUGGUUAGGUGCAGGCACCCUGAUGUUCUUGCUCAAGUUGCACGUGGCAUUGCAAAUUUUGCAAAAUGUGAAUCUAGAGCAGCUACUCAAGGAAAUAAGGUGGGGAAAUCAUUAUUAAUCGAUGAUGGUGCACUUCCUUGGAUUGUGAAAAAUGCCAAUAAUGAAGCAGCUCCAAUUAGGCGGCACAUUGAGCUUGCGUUAUGCCACUUGGCGCAACAUGAAGUAAAUGCAAGGGACAUAAUCAUUGGAGGUGCGUUAUGGGAACUUGUUCGUAUUUCAAGGGACUGUUCUCGAGAAGAUAUAAGGCAGUUGGCAUAUCGAACAUUGACAUCCAGCCCCACUCUUGAAGCAGAGAUUAAUAGAUUGGGAAUAAAACCUUGAUAAAAGAACAAAGUGCAGCUCGGUCUCGCACGCCGUGAAGUUACAUUCCUUGUGCAAAUAGAGGUGCCAUUGCGCCCAGUGCUGGUAAUCAAGCGCAUCUUCGCUUGAUAUACCCAAUUUUCGUAGGCGUACAUGGACACACCAGACAUCAGAACAGGCAGGGUUUUGGACCUUUAUUCUCCUCAAGAGUUCAUUUUUCUUGUGCUGAGGGGCCGUUGAAACUCUUGAUAGCAAUUCAUUUAUUUGAAUCCUAGCUUGUGAGCUUACCUCCUAUGUAAUAUGUGAAAGUAUUGUUGUAAAAAUAUCAAGAAGGCCAAAAGGAGUGCUUUCACAGUUUGGGUGAGGGCCUGCAGAUUAGAACACUUGGCCAUGAAUUAUACCUGUAUUCACUGUACAGUAGCUGAUCCCUUGAAGGUUAACUUUAUUUACCGCAGAGCCUGCGGAUAAGAAAGAACACUUGGCUA